UUACAUGAACAAGAAAUUGGAAAUACAAAUCAAAGAACAAAUUGUUACGGCUUUGGCGUUUAAGCCAAACAAAUUUUGAAGGGCAAAUUUCAAAAAGGUGUGACGUUGUAACAAUUCUAAAACAAAGUUAACCUACUUCUCGGAAUGCAAAACAUACAAUCAUAUGUUAAGAAAAUGCUAUCUUGUGUUUUUGAGGUGACGUCUACGGACUUCAGGAAAGAAACCUCCCUCAUACAUAAACAUGAUGUGUUCUACUGUUUUAAGGAGAGGAGGUAAAGACGUCCGCUUCAGGGCCAGCAUCCUUGCACUCACUGUAAGAUUUCUGAAUCCAUAGUUAUAAAAACCUUUCCAGUCUAGAAUCAGGGGCUUUCCCGGCAACCACGGCGCACGCGCCUGUGUCCUCGGGCGUCGCUCGUGCAGCGCGCGGGCACAGCCCGCUAACGGGUAAGCGGGUCUAGGAAACUACACGUCCUUCACGUAAACAAACCCCGGGAUCCCCCGAGCUUUCGGGCACGUCAACUGAAAAGGGGUGAUGUAGUCUCAGCUCAAGAAUUCCCCAGGCACUGAGCAGGUCCCAUUCUGGGGGCCCAGGGGAGGAUGAGCAACUACAACCCCCAACAUGCCGUGCGCACUUCGGCCCAGGAAAGGACGCCACGGGGUUGCCCGGCCAGACGGCGAGGUCGCCCCGAAACAGGCUUAGCACGAACGACUUCCAAGUCGAUCGACUGAAAUACUCGGACCCCGAACGACGGGCGUUUCAGAUCUGGCUUUUUGGGUCCCCCCCGGUGACGCCCGCGGCUCUGGGCGGGGGGGGGGAGGCCAGCCCGGACCUCCUGGGCAGUCGCGUUCCAGGGCUGGAAUCCGGCUCGGCCAAGCCGGCGUCGGAACUCUUAACGCCCCCGGCCGGCCGGCGCCGGAAGUGACGUUUCAUGCCGGAAGAAGGGAAAGGCGGAGUGUGGCGUGCUGACGUCCUCCCAAGAUGGCAGAGCGAGGGUGAGCAAACUGUCCUCCCUUUCACUCUAGAACAGGAGCGAACUUCUGUUCUGAUAUCAAAAUGCAGUACUCGCACCACUGUGAGCACCUUUUAGAGAGACUGAACAAACAGCGGGAAGCAGGUUUUCUCUGUGACUGCACAGUGGUGAUCGGGGAAUUCCAGUUUAAAGCCCACAGGAAUGUGCUCGCCUCCUUCAGUGAGUAUUUUGGUGCCAUCUACAGAAGCACUUCUGAGAACAAUGUCUUUCUUGAUCAGAGUCAAGUGAAGGCUGAUGGAUUUCAGAAACUGUUGGAGUUUAUAUACACAGGAACAUUAAAUCUUGACAGUUGGAAUGUUAAAGAAAUUCAUCAGGCUGCUGACUAUCUCAAAGUGGAAGAGGUUGUCACUAAGUGUAAAAUAAAGAUGGAAGAUUUUGCUUUUAUUGCUAAUCCCUCUUCUACAGAGGUAUCUAGUAUUACUGGAAAUAUUGAAUUGAAUCAGCAGACUUGUCUCCUUACUCUACGGGAUUAUAACAACCGGGAGAAAUCAGAACUACCUACAGAUUUAAUUCAGGCAAAUGCUAAACAAGGGCCUUUAUCAAGAAAGUCAUCUCAAAGUAAAAAGAAGAAAAAGGUUCUUAAGUCCCAGAAAACUGGGCAGAAUAAAACAGUGCAAUAUCCAAGUGACAUUUUAGAGAGUGCAUCUGUUGAAAUAUUACUGGAUGCAAGCAAGUUGUCUACCCCUGUCAUAGAACAAGUUGCACAAAGAAAUAAUUCAGAACUGGAGUUGACAUCAGUUGUGGAAAAUACUUUUCCAGCACAAGAUAUUGUACAGACUGUUACAGUGAAACGAAAACGUGGAAAGUCACAGCCAAACUGUGCUCUGAAAGAACACUCUAUGUCUAAUAUAGCCAGUGUCAAGAACUCAUUUGAACUGGAGAGCUCUGGAGAAGAGCUGGAUCAGAGGUAUCCCAAGGCCAAGCCAAUGUGUAAUACAUGUGGGAAAGUCUUUUCAGAAGCCAGCAGCUUGCGAAGGCACAUGAGAAUUCAUAAAGGCGUCAAACCUUACGUCUGCCACUUGUGUGGAAAGGCAUUUACCCAGUGUAACCAGCUGAAAACGCAUGUAAGAACACAUACAGGUGAAAAGCCAUACAAAUGUGAAUUGUGUGAUAAAGGAUUUGCUCAGAAAUGCCAGCUAGUCUUCCAUAGUCGCAUGCAUCAUGGUGAGGAAAAACCCUAUAAAUGUGACGUAUGCAAUUUACAAUUUGCAACUUCUAGCAAUCUCAAGAUUCAUGCAAGGAAGCAUAGUGGAGAGAAGCCAUAUGUCUGUGAUAGAUGUGGACAGAGAUUUGCUCAAGCCAGCACACUGACGUAUCAUGUUCGUAGGCAUACUGGAGAAAAGCCUUAUGUCUGUGAUACCUGUGGGAAAGCAUUUGCUGUCUCUAGUUCUCUUAUUACUCACUCUCGGAAACACACAGGUGAAAAGCCCUACAUAUGUGGUAUUUGUGGGAAAAGUUUUAUUUCCUCAGGAGAGCUCAACAAACAUUUUAGAUCCCAUACAGGAGAAAGACCAUUUAUCUGUGAAUUGUGUGGAAAUUCUUAUACAGAUAUUAAAAAUUUAAAGAAACACAAAACAAAAGUCCAUUCCGGUGCAGAUAAAACUCUGGAAUCCAGUGUAGAGGAUCAUACCUUGAGUGAACAAGAUUCCGUACAAAAAAGUCCUUUAUCAGAAACUUUGGACGUGAAGCCUUCUGAUAUGACUCUGCCGCUAGCUCUUCCCCUUGGGACUGACGACCACCACAUGCUUCUGCCUGUCACAGAUAAUCAUUCUCCUACAUCAGAUACACUGUUGAGAUCAACUGUGAAUGGGUACUCAGAACCACAAUUGAUUUUUUUACAACAAUUAUACUGACUUU